AACCAAAGAUUCAAGGACAAAACAGUUUGAUUACGAACUUUAUUUGGAUACUACAGUCUGAGGCCAAGAAGGCAUGAGCCAUGGCUGAUUAGUGCAGUAACUGAACAAACAUUAAAGUUUUAAUUAGUAAAAUUAAUAUCAAAACACUGCAGAAAGCCAUUUGAUCUUAGUGUAAAUACCAGAAAAUAACACCACAACCAUGUCAAAGUGCUUUGGACUCCUUCGUUACAAUGAUCUUGUAAUAUACUUGAAAGCUUAAGUGUAUUUGUUGUACUCAGCAGCUACGAGUGCGGUUAAUAAUGUCAACAUUGCAUUCUUACAACUUGCUAAUGUCAUAAUCAGUUAUAAAAAAGACAAACAAUAUAGAUAUAUACAUGUUAGUGUUUAAACAGCAUUCUAAAUGCACUAACAAUUAAAAUAUAUGCAAUGAUAAAAAAGUAAAAAUAAAAACCUCAUUAGUAAAUGCAGCUGUGGCUCACUUUAAAGCAACAUUUCACACUUCAUUUUGUCAUUUCUCACAUCGGCAGUCCAAUAAAGGUUAAUGUCGGAUAUUAGUUGCCUCUGGAAAACAUUCAGCAGGAUUGUUUUGUGUUUGUUUCUGGCCAUAAAACAUUCAAAACAAGUAAAAAUUUCAAAUGAACACAGAAAAACCACAGGAAGCAGCAUCUCCACAGUUAACUGGUCUAGCCAGUGUGGUGGCUCGUCAUUCCUUCAUGUCAGAACAGAAGAGGAAUUUGCCAAUGUUUGUCAAAAAAACAACACAUAUUACAGUGAAAUUGAAUAAUUUGUAUGCUCCACAGGUACAGAUGUAAAAAAAUAUAUUUGGCUUUUGAUGCUAUAAUGUAUUCUUCAUGUAUUGUUCAAUCAGAAAUUCUAGCCUACCCUAGCAUUAGUGCAAUAACAUUCCUCUAAAAAGGCAUGUAAUAUGCUUUCAUCAUGUUAGUUUGCAUUACCCUGUGACACAUUUGCAUUAACAGUCACAUCAGCGGGUGAAUGGCAGCAACAGACCAUGUCUAACAAAAAGCCUGAAAUGUAGUUUCCAACACUUUGGAAGAGCUUAUUUUCUUGAUCAUAACAAAACAUGGAAUGUAUAAAUCAUGUAUCAUUACAUACAAAUAUAACACCUGUAAGACAAAUUGCUAUGUUUGAAGAGCUUAAAAAAGUAAAAAGCUAUAAUAUUUCCGACUUCAGUAAGGCCUCAUAUUCGGUCUUCAUCAAGCAUCAUUCACACUUCAUAUUCAGUUUCUGAAAGUUAACCCCUCCGACUUCAGACACUACUGUUUGCUGUUGUCUUAUAUUGGAUUUUUGCCAACAUAACACUGCCAGCCAAAGUUAUAAUACACAUGAAGUCACUGUGGCUCCAUAUCAGAGCUCGGGCAGAUCUCUCUGGCCCCACCAGUGACACUUUUCCUCUUCCCCCAGUGCAGAUGUCUGUAGAUGGAGUCAAACGCUGACACCGUGUAGCGUGCAAACAGGCUGGUCCACUUCACCGCGUCCACCAUCCACUGUACUGUGCGCCCCACAAAGGCCACAAACACUGUGGUGUAGUGGACGAGCAGCAGCAGACUCCUCCCCAGCUGCCUGCCAUGGUUGAUGAUGAGGUUGACUCUUUGGUCAUGCCCUGCCAUUGUUGAUACUUUCUUCUGUGUUGUUCCAGAUGUUGAAGGUUCAAAUUAUUAUUAUUAUUUAUUAUUUUUUUUUUUUUUAGCUCAGGGGCUCAUUUUUUCGUUUUUUUUUUUUUUGAAUGUAUGUAUUUAUGCAGAUACUCCCUAAAGCGAAGUACACGUUUGGAAAUUCGCAGACAGUCCCUUGUACACGCAAAUCCAGGCUGUCCAAUCAGUGCAGAGGAACUUUUGUUUCCGGGAAUGUUUGGUGAUGUGGCUAUGCUCUGAAAUCCAUCCGAGGAAAAACAUCAAAUAAAAACCAGAUACUUUUACCUGGGAAGCACUCGCACAGUGCCAUCUUCAUGUUGAGCCGCCUGGCCACGGUCCUCCAGGAGCUCUCUGGAGAGGAGGGCCAAGAUGGAGACCCACAGGGUGUGCUUGUGCCUCAGCUCCCUGCUGGUGAGGGCCAGGCUUCAGCAGAGUCUGAGGUCCCAGAGGAGGCCAUGGAGAGGCUGGCUCAUCUGGAACAGCUGGUGGUCCAGCUGAAGGAGCUCAUCCGGGACAAAGACACCCAGCUUGUCCAAAAGGACACUGAGCUCGCAAACAAAGAUGCACAGCUCAAGAAUGAAAAGGAAGAAGCUGAGGCUCGAUUCACCAAACUCAAACUGCAGGCCAAAGCUAAGAUGGCUUCACUCAACAAACAGAUAACUGAUUUGAAAGGAUCAGGAGGAGGCACACAGAGCCCAGACAGCUCUUUCACAGGAGCGGGCGCUGCAGUGGAGGAGGAGCUCCAAGAACUGAAGAACAAGCUGAGCGAGGAGGAGGCCAACAGCAGGGAGCUUAAACAACGACUCCAGGCCACCGAACAGCUUCUUCAAGAGAAGGAAUCUGCCCACACUGAGCAGUUGCAGAAACUGCAGGCUGUGGUCUGUGAGAAGGAUGUGCGUUUCCAGGAACAGAUUCAAAAACACGAAGAGGAGUUGAUGAGGGUCACAACGCAGUCUCAGAAUGAUGGCGAGCUUCAGCAGGCCCUGCUUGCAGCUCAGAGGCGUUGUGAAGAGCUUGAGGAGGCCUUGAAGUCUCGCUCCCAAGUGCUGGAAAUGCUGCAGCAGGAAGUGAGCAGUGCUGAUCAGCAAAAACAGAUUUUGACUGCUCAGUUCCGGCAGAUGGAGCAGGAGCUGGCCGAGGCCGUGAAGCUGAGGGAGGAGGAGAGGCAGCAGUGGUCUGAACAGGCCAGCAGGGCCGAUGUAGAACUCGCAGCCCUCCGAAGCAGCCUGGAGGCUCUGGAAAGAGAGAGAAUUGAGGUGGUAAGGCAGGAGAGCAGCGAGCUGGUCUCCCUGAGAGAGGCUGAGCGUGUUAGUCAAGACGCUCUGGAGAAAGAGAGGAUGGAAGUUGCCAGAAUGGAGAGAGAACUGGCUCUGAUGAGAGAGGCUGAGCUCGCAGCCGUCCAAGCGAGCUGCGAUGCGUCAGAGAGAGACAGGGCAGAAAUAGCCCGGCUUGAAAGCGAACUUGCAUCAAUGAGAGAGGCAGCCGCUCGCUCCAGCCAGGACGCCUUAGAGAGGGAGAAGUCAGGAGUUGAUAAACUAGAGAGAGAGCUGGCUUCACUUAAAGAGGAAGUCCAGGAAGAAGCCCAGAGGAAGGAUGAGAUCUUGGCUGAAGUUUGGAGACAUUUACGAGCUAUGGCUCCAGGUGAUGUACAAGCAGCAGAGGAAAACCCCAUCCCUGAUGACCUCUCCCUGCUCCUGGACACUGUGCAGUCAAUUGAGAACCAACUGAAGCGGCUGAAAGACGAACGAAGUGAGAGUGAGGAACGCUGUGCAGAGAUCACCCACGCCAUGGAAACCCUUCAGGAGCAACUUGACAGAAAAACCACAGAACAGGAGGCGGCGACUGUGAAGAUACAGCAGCUGGAGCAGCACAUUGUAACGUUAUCUGAGAGAGAUGUGACUGAACCACCAGCACAGGAUUCAUCUGAGGCAGAAAAAGCACACAUACUGGAACUGGAGCAGCAGCUAAUAGAAAAAGACAAUGAGCUGUUUGCCUUGCGAGAAUCUCUCAGACUGGCUAAAGACCACAGCUCUGGUGAGGUUGAAUCAAGUGAACCAUAUGAUCAGACCCCAGACCAGGAUCAGGGUGCCAGUGUGGCUCCCCUUGACAGCUCUGCGGCUCUUCCUGACCUAAUGGAGGAUACACAAGAAGAAGAGACCACUUUGGUGGCUGAGAACACCUCCAUCCUCUCCAUUUCUGCUGAUAAUGAAAGUAGCCCAGAGCUUAUUGGUCACCAGUCAGAGUCCCCAGAAGAGUCCAAAGGGACUUCCUCAGAUGAGAUGGUUGCCAGUAGUGAUUCAGAGGUGGCACACAGCAGCUGGACCCUCUUGGAAGCUGUGAAUCAAGAUGGAGGGCAGGAGUGGCCCUCCAUCCUGCAGGACUUUGGCCAGCUACAGCUGCAGUCGUGGGAGGCGACAAGCAUGGAGCAGGAAACCUCCACAGUUCAAGUGGAGUCCUCCUCCGUCGUCAUCCGAGAGACAGUUCAGGUUCAUCUAACUCAGCACAGUUCUUCUUCCUCAGAUGCUAAUGUGCCGUCUGGCCAGGUCUUUGCUCAGGCCUUAGCAGAGGAACUCCAGAAGAGGUACAGUGAACUGUUGUCGGAGCUGCAGAGGCUCAGAGAGGCAGCUGCAGAGUCACAAGAGAAAAUCAGGAGUCUGGAAGAAGAAACACAGUCCCUCACUGCUGCCAAAGAAGAAGCAGAGUCCCAGGUCAGUAACUUUGCAGAGGAGCUAAAGUUAGCCAGGGUGGAGUUGGACCAGGUUUCCCAGCAAAGUAGCUCUGUGGUGGAGAAGCACCGCGUUGAAAUGCAGCUUCUAGAGGAGCAGAUAGACAUUUUGAACACUGAGAGCCAAGCCAAGGAGCAGAAGAUUCAUAGCCUGCAGAGCGACUUGGAAACAAUCCAGCGAGCGCUCUCUGAGCAGGAGGGUCAGGCCAGGAUGCUGAGCGCUCAGCUAGAAGACAGAGAACUCCUCUCCUCUGAGCUUGAAAGGAGGCUUCAAGAAAUGGAAAACAGCAUGUUGGAAUAUUCCCAGACCUCAGAUCUCAACAACGAGUCUUUGUCAAAGAAGGACUCUGAGAUCAGUGAGCUGCAGCUUCGUCUCAGCCAGAAAGAGAAUGAGAUGAUGGAGCUCAACGACAGCAUGUCCGCUAAACUCCUACAAGUAGAGGAGGAGAAGUUCCAGAUAGACAGAGAAGUCCAUAAACUGAAAGAGCAGGUAGUGGAACUUGAGAAAGUGAGAGAUGAGAAACAGCAGGUGAGUCCUGAGGACUCGCCGGCUCGUGUAGAUGAUGAACUUGGUCGUGUUCAAAAGGAGAAAGAAGCUCUGGAAACCCAAUUAACAAACACAAGGAAGAAGCUUCAGGCUGCACUUGUGCAUCGCAAAGAGCUGAUGAAGAAGGUUGCUGAUUUUGAGGCCGAAGCUAAAAAAGAGCAAGAUGAAUUAACAAAGGGUGAAACUCCUGCAGAUACUCCAGAGGUAGAAAAAACUAGAGGACAUGAGAUUCAAGAAAUGGAAGCUAAACUCCUGGAGCUCGAGCAAGCUUUAAGAUCCAAAGAGGAGACAGUUGAAACUCUUGAGCAAAAAAUUAGUGAACAGGAUCAAGUCAUCGCUGAGACGCUUGCCCUGAAUAGAAAGCUAAGCGAAGAAGCUGAGAACACUCAGCAGGCACCAGACAUUUCUCCUGAAACAACCGUGUUACAAUCCCAGGUGGCCACUCUGGAAGCAGAGUGUGAAACGCUUCAGAAGAAGGUUCAGGAGGCUCAAGAAUCUCGCAAAGAAACCAUCCGCAAAGCGAAAGAGAAAGACAGACACCACCGAGAACAACUGAAGCAGCAGAAAGAAGAAUACAGUGAGCUGAUGGAUCGUUUUGAGGUGCAGAGUGGAGAGAGAGAGGUCCUUCUCACUAAACUGAGAGAAUUGGAAGAAAAGGUGAGCGCUGAGGGACAGGACCUGCCUCAACAAGAGAUCGAAGAACGGGCUGAAAAUGUGGAGAAGCAAGCAGCAGGUGACUGGGUUCAGGAGGACUGGGUGGAUUUUGCCUCAUCUGAGACUGAUUCAUCACAACCACAAACUAGCGAUCCAGUUCAGCAUCCUGCAGAGCCGUCUGGUGUCCACCCUGCACAAAUGGAGGAAUCUCUGAAAGCUCUCAGAGAAGAGAUCCAGACUGUGCAGGUGGCAAACACAGAGUUACAGAAGCAGCUGCAGGAAGCUCAGGCCAGUCUGUCACUGAAGGGGGCUGAAGUAGACGAUUUGGGCAAAGAGCUGCAAGCGCUAAGACAAAAGGAGAGACAGAUUGACGCACUCUCAGAGGAAAUUAAUGAUCUUAGAGAAAAGCAUCGCCAGGCUGAGUCUUAUGCAGAAACCCUAAAAGCAGAGAUGGAAGCUGCAGCCAAAGCAACAUCUGCAGAAUCCACAUCCUCCAUUGAAAAUCUACAGGCUGAAGUCAACGAUUUCAAGCAGUUUCUCAACAACAAAAACCAUGAGAUAAUGGAGCUUAGUCAGCAGUUAAGUGAGCAGAACUCUCUCAUACACUUAAUGCAGGAUACAGUGUCUCAGAAGGAUCAACUAAUAGCUUCUUUACAGGAAGAAUUAAAGGUUGAGAAGGAAAAAACCCAGAGGCUGGAGGUUGAGGUUCCACAAAAGCAAGAGGAAGAGAAAGACAGUGAGGCAAAGAUUCAGCAGCUACAGAGAAAACUGCAGGCCGCUCUGAUCUCUCGCAAAGAGGCCCUCAAAGAAAACAAGACCCAGAAGGAGCUGCUAGCCUCAACCGAGAAGCUUACUACUGAGCUGCAGCAGAAAAUAGAGACAGCAGAGGACGAGCUGGAGAAGCUAAGAGCAGAAAGAGUCAGACUCAUCGAGGAGGUUGAUCGAACUUUACUGGAGAACCAAAGCCUUGGAUCAUCCUGCGAGAGCCUCAAACUGGCCAUGGAAGGAAUACUGAAUGAGAAAGAUGCCUGUAAGAGAGAGGUGGAGUUUGCAAAAGAAGAGGCUGCCAGGGUGAGCAGAGAGUGGGAGGAAAAGGUUCAAAGCAUGAAGGACGAGUACGAGACUUUGCUCAAAUCCUAUGAAAAUGUGAGCGACGAGGCAGAGAGAGUGAGGCGGGUCCUGGAAGCCGCCAGGCAGGAGAGACAGGAGUUGGCGGCCAAAGUGAGGACGCAUGAGGCUGCGAGGCAAGAAGCUGAGAGGCAGGCAGAGGAGGCACAGAAAGAGGUGGAUUCAGUGAAAGACAAAAUGAGAAAAUUUGCCAAAACGAAGCAGCAGAAAAUCCUGGAGUUAGAGGAGGAGAAUGAGAAACUGAGAGAGAUGCAGGAAAAGCCUGUAAUCAAACGAGAGGACAAGUCUCUGAAAGCUGAGGUUCAAAGACUUGAGGAAGAGAUGGAGGCUUUGAAAGCCCAGCUGGACACCACAGCGGCAGAGAGAGACUCUUUGGGACAGCAGAUUGAAGAACUGAGGGAACAACUUGCCCAAAUGGGAGAGAAAGAGAAUGAAAUUCAAGUGACUCCACUUAGCUCUGCAGCUGUUAUAGAGGAGGUUGUCACUGCUCAGAAAUCAGACAUAAUCAUGACCAGAGCAGAGCCUGUUGAGAGUCAGAAUGAAGACAAUGGAAGAGCCCUAACUCCAAAAGAGACUCCAGGUGAACAAAUAGUUGCAGUGUCUGCACCAGAAACACAUUUGCAGCCUGAUGAGGAAAAAGAAGAAAUGACUGAAAGUGCUCAAACUUUAUUAGAGGAUAAAAUGAAGGAAAUGGAGGCAGCUGUUAAAACAGAGAGGGGGCUGUGGCAGGAACGAGAGGCUGAACUCAGAGCUGAACUGACCUCUCUUGAGCGAGACCUGCAGGAAAGCAAAGAGAAGCUGGGACUUGUGGCCUCUUUAGAGAAGUGCCUGCAAGAGAGCAAAGAGAGAGAGAACAGCCUGAUUGAAGAGGCUUCAAAGAGGGAAACUCAGUUCAAAGAGCUCCUCAGAAGUCUGGAAACUGAGAAAGAUAACCUGGAGGAGCGCCUGAUGAAUCAGCUGGCCCAACUUAAUGGGAGCAUCGCCGGUUAUCAGCAAGAGGCAGCAGACAACCGGGAGCACCUGGCUGAACUUCAGCGUGAGGUGGAGAGGUUGGAGAGGGAGCGAGCUGAACUGGAAGCCGAAGCUCAGAGCGAGAAGGACCGGGCGUCCAGACUGGAGGAGGACAUGAGGCAAGCCCAGAGAGAGAGAGCCGAAGCCGAAGCGGAGUCGGGCAAGCAGAGGGAGCUGGAGCAACAGCUGAGGUCGGCUCAGAGGGUCAAAGAGGGCAGCCAGAGCAGAGCACGUCAGCUGGAAGAACUGCUGAGGGAGAAGCAGCUGGAGGUCCGACAGCUGCAGAAAGACAGCAUCCAGUACCAGGAGAGGAUCAGUGAGCUGGGGAGGGAAGCUAAGGCGCUGCAGCUAGGACACGAUGAGCUCAGCAACAAACUAGAGCAAUCCCAGCUGGAGACUUCCAAAACUCUAGAGGACCUGAAAAAGACUGAGGCAGAGUUGGCUAGCUGUAAAUCUCAACUGGAUGAUGUCCAAAAACAGUUAAGCGAGGCCUUAGCUGAGAAAACAACUUUAGAACAGAGCGCCCAGCAGAAAGAGGCCUUGAUGAAAGCCGAGGCAGAGCAAACCCUGGACUCAGUGAGAUUCAGGCUGGGAGCUGAACUGAAGGAGAUGGAGCUGAGACUGGAGGAGGCCUACAGAGAACGGGAAAGGGAGGAGGAAGCCACCCUGGAGGCCAGAGAGGUGGCAGAGGGAGCUGAGAGACAGGCCCAGGAGAUGCAAGCUCGUCUAGAUGAGUCUCUGGCCAGGUUGGCUGCCUUCUCACGCUGCAUGUCCUCUCUGCAAGAUGACCGGGACAGAGUUUUGGACGAGGCCCGGCAGUGGGAGACUCGCUUUAAUGAUGCUCUACAGGGUAAGGAGGCUGAAGUCCGGGAGGCAGAGACACGGGCCAAGGAACUGGCAGAACAGCUUCAGAAAGAAACUGCACUGAAAGAGGAACGUCAGCUUUCUGUGGACAGACUAGAGAAAGCAGACAAAGAGUGGCAGCUGAGACUGGAGGAAGAGGAAAAGAAAGUUGCAGAGAGUCAAGCUGUCCUCAGUGAGGAGAGGAGCAAGCUUCAGCAAACCACAGAUGAGCUGCAGUCUGCACAAAAUGAAGUCAGCACACUGACAGAUGAAGUGGAGGGUCUCUGUCACAGAGUCCAGGCCCUGGAGGAGGCUGUAGGUCGGCUGCAGGGUGAAGUCAACCAGGCCAGGACUGAGCUCAGGGAGAGGGAGGCAGAAGAGAGGCGGCUGUGUCUGAACGUGGAGCAGCUGGAGACAGACCUGAGGUCCUCUAAGGCCUUGACAGAGAGUCUGCAAGCAGAGUUACAUGAGAAGGAGAGGAGAGAGGUGGAAAUGCUCGGGGAGAGGGAGCAAGCUGUUGCUCAGGCUGCCGACGAGGCUAGAAAGGAGGCCGACAGCCGGGCACAAGAAGCUGAGGAGGAGCUGGAGCAGAGAAGAGGAGAAGUACGGGAUCUGGAAGAAAAGCUGCGAAAGGCAGAGGAAGAGAGCAACAACCGAAAAGCCAAACUGGACUCUUUCAUGAAGGCCAUGGGCUCCCUGCAGGAUGACAGAGACAGAGUCCUUAACAUGUACAAACAGCUGGAGGAGAAACACCUACAGGUGAUGAUGGAGAAGGAUGCUCUGAUCCAAGAGGCAGCAGGGGAGAACAACAGCCUGAAGGAGGAGCUGCGCUCUCUGCUGGUCCAGAGAGACGACCUGUAUGCUGAAAAGGCCAAGCUAUCCGCUCAGCUUCACGGCUAUCGUGAUGAACUUAACCAAGUCCUGAGCAUGAAGGACUCCCAGCACAAACAGCUUCUGGCAGCUCAGAGAGAGCGGAUCACCACACUGGAAAAGGAACGUGAGGAAUUGGAAAGUCAGUUGAAGAGUAUUAGCAGAGCCAGGGAGACAGAAAUAGAGGCAGCGAGGGUGGAGAGGGAGACUCUUGUUCAGGCUGCUGACAGCAUGACAGUAUCACAGGUGAUAGAUGCCCCUGGUGCCGAGGUUGAGAAGCUGAGGGAGCAGCUGCAAGCAGCAAGAGAGCAAGUGGAGGCUUUAGAGGAGAGCCUAUUAAGGGAGAGACAAGAGUGGGACAGCAAGAGCAAAGAGCUGGCUGAGCUGCGAUGGGAGGGAGGUGUGAUGCGAACAGAGUCUGAGAGCGCUCAGGAGAGGGUGGCAGAGCUGGCCAGAGACCUGCUGGCCAUCGAGCAGAAGCUGCUAGAGGAGAAAGAAGUGACGACGCAAUUGAGAGCAGAGAACCAGUCGUUUGCCAAAGCCAUGGCCUCACUCCAGGACAGCAGGGAGGAGGCAGUAAACAAGGCCCAGGAACUGAGUCUGAAGCUGGAAGAGAUGAGCAAGGCAGGUGGUCACGCAGCACACAGCAGCCCAGGAGGCUCCACUGGGGAAGUGUGGGGUCUGAAGAAUGCACUACAAGCCCUUCAAAAUGACAGGGAGAGACUGCUGGAGCAGCUUCAAACACAAGCAUCUGAACUCGAGAGGCAGAAAUCGGAGCUGGCUCGGCUGGGAGCAGGAGAGCUCAUUAAAGUCAGCCAGGAGCUGUUUGAGGAGAAGAAGAACAACAAGGACAUGCUGGGUGUCGUGACGCAGCUGGAGAAUGUGGUGGAAGUGAGCAAACAGGAAAUAGAGACGCUCAGGCUGGAGCGUAUCGACUGGAUGGCUCAAGCAGAGCAGCUGAAGCAGCAGACCCUCGCCACACUUUCAGAGAGGGACCAACAACUGCGACAGCUCCACGCCAUGCUGGAGGAGGCUCGUUCUCAUAAGCCCAAACUUCAGCAGGAACAAUAUCAGAGAGAGGGCACAGAGAAAGCAGACAGUCCUCCUGGAGCCCCACAGGAGCGAAGCAGUCUGCUGGACAGCCACACAUACAUAGCUGAGGUCAAAGAGUUGCAGCGGAGGUUGGAUGAAGAGACACAGCAGAGGAUGGCUGCUGAGGAGCAGCUAAUGGCCACACAGGACAGACUCAAACGUCACAGCCAGGCUAAGUGGCACUCUGCACAAGAAGAGGAUCACUCAGAGACUGCUGUUUUUAUCGAGCCGCCGGAAGGAGCUGUCACUCGAACUCGGAGAGGCGGCCCAGGUUUGAUGAGGAUGCUCCGAGUGGCCUUCUGCUCUCGCCAGCGCACCCCUCUGCUGUUCAGCCUCUAUCUGCUCACUGUGCACGUCCUGCUGCUGCUGUGCCUGGGCGGAUACCUCUGAAACCAGCUCCCUUUAACAAACCUAACAGAUAAGAGAGAGAGA